UUCUUCGCCGCUUCGCGGACCGGUUCAUGUGUGUGGAUGUCUCUUUCGAUUCCUUUUUAUUUCACAUUGUGAAUUCGUGCUGUGGGAUGACAAGUGACCAACAAGUUCAUUCAGAAUUUCUUUGACCUUCAGUCGUUUACAUCAGCAUAUUUUAUUAGCCUUUACUACUGGUGGAGCCUUACUCAGAGAGUAAGAGAUGGGGACUGUUGUUGAUGACAUCAGACAACUAUUAAAAGACUGUGAGCUGUUUGUUUUUGAGAUACUCCAGGAUGAGAAUCUCAGUGUCCCUGCUCGAGAGGCCAGGGAAAUCCUCCUACGAAAUUUUAAUUUCAUCCAAAAGAGACACCCGCAAGAAUUCCCCCACAGAUUUGAAUCCAAUCUUGAGGAUAGUUCAGAUGACAACCGCAGCUCCAGUCUGGGCCGCUCUGCCCCCUCAGAUGAUAUGUCAGUGGCCUCCGACUACCAGGAGGAAGGGGCUACCGAACUUUUUGAAGAGAUCCCUCUGGUGGCUGCACAGGACCUGAGUAACAUUCUAAAGCAAGGCUACCUGGAGAAGAAGAGACGUGAUCACAGUUUCUUCAGCAUGGAAUGGCAAAAGCGAUGGUGUGUUCUGAACAACACCAUAUUUUAUUAUUUCGGGAGUGAGAAAGACAAGCAGCAGAAGGGCUCGUUUUAUAUCAACGGCUACAGUGCAGAGCUGGUGCCCAGCUUACGCAAGGACUCCAAGAAGAAUUCGUGCUUCGAGAUGAGUGCUCCUGGAAGACGUUCUUACCAGUUCACCGCCAGCAGUCCCCGUGAGGCCAGGGAAUGGGUGGACCAGAUCAAUUUUGUUCUUAAGGAUCUGAGCUCUAACUUCAUCCCCUUUGACGAUGAUGAGGAAGAAGUGGAAGAAGAGGAAGAGACAUAUGAUGACAUUGAACGAGCUACCACACCACCACCGCCACGUCCCGGGCCAGCAUCUGCACCGGUUACAACCCCGAGUCUGGGACAAACCCCCCAAAGCAGCCGUGAGGAAUGGAAGGACCAAGCAGGAACUCAAGAAGAUGAAGAAGAGGACGAAGAGGAAGAGGACAUUUAUGAAGUGCUUCCAGAUGAUGAAAACGCUGACAUCACUGAAGAGUGGAAUGAAAAAUCUGGGGGUUCCGAUUAUGCUAAUUAUUACCAAGGCUUGUGGGACUGUGAAGCUGAUGGACCUGAUGAGUUGGCCUUCCAGAGAGGUGAUCUCAUCUACAUCCUCAGCAAGGAAUAUAACAUCCAUGGAUGGUGGGUCGGAGAGAUGAAUGGUGCUAUUGGCAUAGUCCCCAAGGAGUUUUUACAUCCUGCUUAUAUUCUAUGAGGUUUGCUUUUUGUGAAGAUCACAGAAUGUUCAGCGUUAUAACACUUCGACACCUGUCCUGGUUUGGAAACUGUCUAUGAUUAGAUUAGAAUGCGAAUUCAAGUAAACAUGCAUUUUAGUCUAUUUCUGGAACCUAAACCCUGAGACCAAAUAAUGUUUCUUACAGUUUUUUUGUAUGGAAUCCUUUUUAUAUCUUGCAUAAUUAGUGUACACUAAGAGGCUUGUCUAAAUCUACGUCACGGUUUUCUGAUUUAUUCAAACAUAAACCACAUUUGUGACCCUGGACCACAAAACCAUUCAAAAUGCUCAAUUUUUUAAAGUGAGAUUUAUCCAUAAUCUGAAAUCUUAAAUAAAAAGCUAUUUAAAGAUCAAGUGCAAAAAAUCUAAAUAUUGAGAAAAUUGCCUUUAAAACUGUUCAGAUGAAGUUGUUAGCAAUGCAUAUUACUAUUUAAAAAUUAAGUUUUGAUAUAUUUACAGUAGGAAAUGCACAAAAUAUUUUCAUGGAACAUGAUCUUUACUUAAUAUCCUAAUAAUUUUGACCCAUACAAUGUAUUUUUUGGCUAUUGCUACAAAUAUACCCGUGCUACUCAAGACUGCUUUUGUGGUCCAGGGUCACGUUUAUGCAAACAAUGAACAUAUGAAAAACAUUUGUAGUGUAAGAACUACUUUUCCAACAUCACUUAAAAGAUGUUCUAUGUCAACACAUAAUAUUGGAUACAGUUAUCUUUUUUUAAUGCACAAUUUAGGCCGUGACUGCAAAGAACCAUUGUUAUAAGUUAUUCUUUAGUUAGUAUAUUAAAAGCUUUCUUUCUUAAUGCUGCAUUUGUAUUUGAAAUUGCUUAGCUCAGAGUACUUCUAACCAUUUCAGCAGAUAUUACUCCAUGGAAAUAACCUGUCAUAGCACAACUUAAAAUAAAAAGCCUUGCCACUUUGGA